AUGCAGGAGAACUAUGAGACGGUGGUCUUGCUGGGGUUUCCAAUUUCCAAACCUGAUGUGAUCUCGCAGCUGGAACGAGGGGAAGAACCAUGGGUCCCUGACCUCCAGGGCUCUGAGAAAGAAGUGCUCCUGAGAGCUCCCUGCACAGGUGAUGGGCUGGUGCGUGAGAAUGAGGAGGAGAAAGCCCAUCAGGAAGAUGCUGAGCAAGUAGAACCACAUGGAACGUUAUCAGGAAGAUGCAAAGGGAAUGUUUCCAGGAGUUGUGCACUCCAAGAAAAAGAAAAAGCCUGUGAGACUCAGGAGAGGCCAGAGGAAAACUUCAGUAGCCUCCCAGACGUUGUAACACGUGACAGAAUCAAGUUGGAAGAGACACGCUACACAUGCUCUGAGUGCGGGAAAAGCUUCAGUCACAGCUCUAACCUGAGCAAUCAUAGGAGAAUCCACACAGGAGAGAAGCCCUACACAUGCUCUGAGUGCGGGAAAAGCUUCAGGCGGAGCUCACACCUUAUCACACAUAGGAGAAUCCACACAGGUGAGAAACCGUAUGGAUGCUCUGAGUGUGGGAAAAGCUUCACUUGGAGCUCACAGCUUAUCACACAUUCUAGCAUCCACACAGGAGAGAAGCCCUACACGUGCUCUGAGUGCGGGAAAAGCUUCAGUCAGCGCUCAGACCUUAUUGGACAUCAGAGAAUCCACACAGGAGAGAAGCCCUACACGUGCGCUGAGUGCGGGAAAAGCUUCAGUCAGCGCUCACACCUUAUCAGACAUUGUAGAAUCCACACAGGAGAGAUGCCCUACACGUGCUCUGAGUGUGGGAAAAGCUUCUAUGGCCGCUCACAGCUUAUCACACAUUCUAGAAUCCACACAGGAGAGAAGCCCUACACGUGCUCUGAGUGCGGGAAAAGCUUCAGUCAGCGCUCAGUCCUUAUCAGACAUCAGAGAAUGCACACAGGAGAGACGCCCUACACAUGCUCUGAGUGCGGGAAAAGCUUCAGUCACAGCUCUGCCCUGAGCAAUCAUAGGAGAAUCCACACAGGAGAGACGCCCUACACAUGCUCUGAGUGCGGGAAAAGCUUCAGGCAGAGCUCACACCUUAUCAGACAUCAGAGAAUCCACACAGGAGAGAAGCCCUACACAUGCUCUGAGUGCGGGAAAAGCUUCAGUCACAGCUCUGCCCUUAUUAGACAUCAGAAAAUUCACAUGAGAGAGGACUGUAAUAAAUCCCUUGACUAGGGCUGGCCAAAGGUUUUUUUUUUUUUUUAAACAAAUCACAUUUGCUAAUUCCCACAUAGUGAUUUUUGCACUGUCUUCACCGUGGCCUCUCAGCUACACCAGAUGAGUUGCCUGCUUCUGCCUUUUGCAGUUCACCCUUCUUUGGGGUCAGUCCUGUGAUCUUUUCUAUCAACUCCUUUCCUUUUGAGUCGUAGGAUUGUGUGUGUCCCUCAGCCAGGAAUGUUCAUCCGCUCCAGGUGGGAGAGAGAGGUUUGAUCCCAACAAGCUACACUGAGGCAAAAACUACCUGUGCCUUACGUCCACUAGGACUGUAUAUAGCGUUGUCUGCUCAAGUUAGUGAUCUUGGUGUAAAAAGACAAUUUAUAGUUGUAGUUCAGAUGCCGCCCAGGUGCAGUGGUUGGCAUUAGCUCUCCCCUUGACCUCCAUCACUUUUCCUAGUCUAAACAAACCCUGAGCAUCACAGUUAUACUGUUCCCCCAUUUCAAAGCAAUUGUUAGUCAUCAAGUUCCCUCUUGGGGAAGAAAUUGUUUCAUUCCCAGUUGCUCUGUUGUUGCUUCAAGUUGUGUUGGAGAGCAGAUAUUUUUACUACCAUUUUCCUCACUUAAAAUAUAUUGAACUAUAACAAUGAGCAGGAACAGGGCAGGGAUAGGGAAAAAUUGUCAUUUCACCCUGUGGAAGCAGAGAAAGAACUGACAGCAAGGGGAUGCAGUGCAUGACAGUUUGUUAGCAAGAGUCAGGCUAACUGUAACGUGUAAAACCCCUGAGAUGUCAUAUCUGCAACUAGCCGUCCGCAUGGAGGGAUACGCCAGC